CGCUUUCGAGUUUCGAGUGAGCAAAAGAAUGAAUCCCUUAUCCCCCACUGCCCGAAUGAGAGUUGGGGCUUUCUUCCACUUUUAGUUUCCUGAUUAACACGUAUUUCUUUUUUCCGUGAUGAGUCCUCAGAGGGAGUUAAUUUCUCCCUGCACAUCUACCCGAACCGGAACUGACCUUAACAAUUAAUGGCGGAUUGGGAUCGUCAGCAAAAACUGGGGCGGGCCGGCGGCAAAUUGCUAAGGAACAAACAGUCUCGGGAAUCGGGAUCGGUCGCCCCUCUCCUCCAGCCGUCUCCCUGAAGAAGGUUCGAGCGGAGUCAGAAAGCGGAGAAAUCCCUUGUCCUGGAAGUUUCUAGCCAAAUGUUCAGGCAAUCCACGGCGGCGAUGCUUCUAGAUCUCCAUUCUCCUCGAUGCGUCCAGAACAAGGAGCGAUGACAACUGUGAACGGGAUCCAGAAGCCAGAACUAGAAGGCUCCGAUCAUCUCUAGAAGUCACAACCAGGAGAUGCCAGGCCUCUCCUCAUUCCUCUGAAAUCUUCGAUCUUAAGACCGCAGGAAAGAAAAAAAAUUAAAGCUGGUCUAGAAGAAAGGAGAAGAACGAUCGGCCUCGCUUCCAGAGAGUCGGCCGCGAAUGGCAACAAAAUCUCAGGGAGAGAUGGAUCUUGUUCCUAAACAGGAAGAUGAGGAGGAGGAGGAGGAGGUAAUGGAAGGGUUUUCGUCAAUGCCGCGGCCGAUGAAGGGGCUGCAGUUGGCUGAGCCGGCGCCGUUCCUGCGGAAGACGUACGACAUGGUGGAGGAUCCGGCGACGGACGUGCUGGUGUCGUGGGGGACCGGCCGGAACAGCUUCGUGAUUUGGGACUCGCACCGCUUCGCGGCGGAGCUCCUCCCCCGCUUCUUCAAGCACAGCAACUUCUUCAGCUUCGUCCGCCAGCUCAACACAUACGGAUUCAGAAAAAUAGAUCCCGAUCGUUGGGAGUUCGCGAAUAAAGGCUUCCUUGGAGGGCAGAGGCAUCUGCUGAAGACUAUCACGAGGAGAAGGCCAGCUUCGCAGAACCCGCACCAACAUGGAAGAGGGAGCUGCUUGGAGGCGGGAAGGUUUGGGUCCGACGGUGAGAUUGAGAGGCUGAGGAUGGACCGCAAUGCGUUGACGUUGGAAGUGAUAAGGCUGAGACAGGAGCAGCAGAAAUCAAGGACCCGUAUGUUGGCGAUGGAGGAUAGGAUACAGGGUACGGAGCUUAAACAACAACAAGUGAUGGCGUUCUUGGCGCGAGCCAUGAGAAACCCUGCCUUCAUCUGCAACCUGCUUGAGCACCUAGAGCAGGGGAGAGAGAUCGCAGGGAUCAGCAAGAGAAAAAAAGUCACGCCCAGCUCUUUGAUUGGAGUAAAGGUCGGCGACCAGAUUGUUAACUGCAGCGGUGAGCCUGAUGAAGAAAGCGACCUGUCGUGGGGGAUCGCGACCUUUUUCUCUGAACUCCAGAACGAGUCAUACCCAAGCAGUUGUUGCCAGCGCAGGGAAAACGAGCUUCACAACGAAACAAGCAGUUGCGGCCAGGGGUGCGAGAACCAACUGCCGUCUUCUGAAAACACGAGGCCUGGUUUGGGAGCCUUGGAAGAUGAUAAUGAUGUUUGGGAAGAGAUCUUGAAUGAUGAAUUAGUAGUUUUGUGCGGAGGGGAGAGACCAUUGGAAACCCGUCUGAACGCAGAAGAUCUCGUGGCGUUAAGUUCCAAUUGGUGUAAUGAGCUGAAGGUUCAGGCUGAUCAAAUGGGAUUCAUGGAAUCCAAAUUUUAUCCCUGUUUACGCUUUUGUUCUCCUGCUGCAACGCUCGACACCAUAAAGCUUCUAACUGACGACUGUUUGCUUGCGCUCGACCGUCCGGUUCUUUCGCAGAUCAAGGGCAAUAAGAAUGCCAAUCGACUGUCAUCCAUUUUCUUCAAUUUCUUCAACCAGGAAAAAGCACUUGGCCUUGAGAUGCACGGUGUGCCAGGGAAGGAAGAGGAAGAGGAGCAUCGCGGGUCGCCGCCUGUGCCGCGGCCAAUGGAGGGACUGCUGGAGGCUGGGGCGGCGCCGUUCCUGAGGAAGACGUACGAGAUGGUGGAGAAUCCGGCGACGGACGCGCUGGUGUCGUGGGGUAGCUGCCGAAGCAGCUUCAUCGUUUGGGACUCGCAUCGCUUCGCGGCGGAGCUACUCCCCUGCUUCUUCAAGCACAACAACUUCUCCAGCUUCGUCCGUCAGCUCAACACCUAUGGAUUCAGAAAGGUUCAUCCGGGUCGUUGGGAGUUCGCCAAUGAAUGGUUCCAGAGAGGGCAGAAGCAACUGCUGACGAACAUCAAGAGGAGGAAGCCGGCCUCACAGAGCCCACACCAACAAGAGACAGGCGCUUGCUUGGAGUUGGCGCAGUUCGGGGCCGAUGGGGAGAUUGAAAGGUUGAGGAACGACCGCAACGUGUUGAUGGGGGAAGUGACGAGGCUGAGGCAGCAGCAGCUGAAUUCAAGGGCCCAGAUGGUAGCAAUGCAAGACCGGAUACAGGGAACGGAAAGGAAACAGCAAUACAUGAUGGAGUUCGUGGCUAGAGCCCUCAGGAACCCUGCCUUCAUGAGCAACCUGGUUCUGCACCAAGAGCAGAGGAAAGAGAUACAAAGUGGCGAUAAGAGGAAAAGGAGCCUACCCCUCAACCACAUGAGCGAGGACGAGCGGAUGCAGCUUUGUGACCACCAGGAUGGAGAAGAAGCAUUCGACUCGCUCGAGAUCACUACUCUCUUGUCUGCACUUGGCGAUGGACCCAGCAGCUCUAACCAAGGCCGUGACCGUGACAAUCAACUGCUGAGUUCUCCCAACAUGGGUAGUGGUGUGGAGGCUUUUGAUGGUGAUGAUGACGACGUUUGGGAAGAGAUCCUGAAUAAUCAAUCGGUGCUUCCUUGUGAGGGCGACAGACAAUCGGAGAUGGAGUUGAACAUGGAGGAUUUCGUGCCACAGAGUCCGGAUCUGGGCGAUGAUAAGAAGGUUAUCCCUGAUGUCGAAUUCAUGAUAUCAGAGUCCAGAGACAUAGGAAUAUGUUGCUCGAAGUGUUGCUGCCGCUCCUAGACCUUCAUAGUUGCUCUGUGGGCAUGACAAAGAAGUAAGCAACCGAGAAGAUACAGAGCGUAAGGGAGAAUAUUCUGGGGUGGUCGCGAGGUAGGUAUUCCAGCAACAGUUGGAUAGAAUCUCCUGCAUAGUGCUCUUUUAUCUUUCCGUUAGUUGGUUUUGGUUUUUCUUUACUCAGUUUUAGUUUUUCUUUCUCUAGUGAUGAGUUGGAAGGUCAUACCUGAUACCCAUAAUAUUUGGUAAUGAAGAAAUAAAAUAAGCCUCGCUUCUCACAUCUCUCGUAUGUUAUUAGACAUCAGAAGUAGCGAAGAGAUGAUUUGUGGCUAAGUAUUCAUGGAGGGUUUUUUCUUUCUCUAGCAAUGAGUUACAAGGUCAUACCUGAUACCCAGAAUACUUGGUAAUGAAGGAAUAAAAUAAGCUUCUCUUCUCA